AGUGUGAUGUGUGCCAGGCCAACCGUAUGUGCACAGCUCCCGUGCCAUUCUGAAGCAGUGUCUGACGUAUAGUGCGCACUGCGAUUUAACAAAUCGGUGGUUCCAGCUGUUGUGGAACUACAAGAUCCAGCAUGCCUUCACACCAGAAAAAGGGUAUAAUGAGGCUUGUGGUACCACUACAGCGAUGGAUAUUCCAACUCGGAGGAAAGGGAAGCCGAACAAAGGAGGAGGGAGAGGCGGGCGAGGUGGCAAAAGAGGUGGUGGUAGCGGGCGUGGUGGUAGCAGAGGUGGAAGAUCCAGAGCUGAACCUGGAGGUGGAGGGGGAGGAGGAAAGAAAAGUUCUAGUAGAGCAUGGGAUGAUGGAGAUGACAUCUGUUUCUCUAACAAACCAAUGAGACCAGCAAGUAUGAACUAUGCCAGUAGACCCACCUCCCGGCCCCGGGGUGGCAGUACUGCAGUCAGCACUCCUCUCCAGACUCUGCACAUGACCAGAGAGAACCAGGAACGAGUGAAAGCUCUUCUGCGUGAUCUUCAAGGAUCAGAGCUGGAUGCUGUUGUUGAUGAUGUAGGAUCAGAUUUAGAAGAGGAAUAUGAUGACUCCAGCUCUCAGGAUGAAGAAGACGAGAACAAUAAUGGUGAUUACUGUGAUAAAGAUUCUGGAUUUGAUUUCUGGUCCUCACCAUCAGGAACACGGCAAGCAGCAGAACCUCUGUCUUCCGAGCCUCCUGUCCAGAUGUUACCAGAGGCGGUUAUCUCUCCUUUUGCUAUUGGAAAACUUUCCCGAUAUGGUUUUGACCGAGGAAGAUGUAUAACCGCACUGAGAGCCAAUGACGGAGAUGUUGGGACAUCCUUAGAGUAUUUACUGCAGCAGUGUUUUUCAGAAGCUUUUGGUAUCCAGACAAAAACUCCACGAUCUGCGUGUGACAUUAGCAUGGAAAACAUUUUGGCGUUACGUGAAGAAGAGGCAUAUGUCCUCAGCUCGAUAUGUGGGGAUAAAUUUAUUGAGAGAAUCCCAAACAGAGUAUGGACUGUGGGAUUGGAGCUGGGCUAUCUAACAGAUAGGCUCCAGAAACCCAAACAGAAAGACCAUGCCGUAGAUGUGGUGAAACAGUCUCCCAGCAAUAUCUGCAGGUUCUUCUUGAAAGGAGAAAACUGCCGGUUUGGUGCAAGGUGCAGAUUUAAGCACGGAGCCCCUAAGCAAGAUGGGAAGGAUGAUUCUCACCUAAGUGCAAAUGGAGAAAACAGUUACCUGUACGAACUUGAAAUUCGAUUCCCAACAGAUAACAAAUACCCAUCACAAGCACCGCUGGUAGCAUUUCAUUCUCUCAAUGAGAACCUUUCAAUGGCCUGUCGCCUACACAUUGCAGAGUAUCUUUAUGAAAAAGCCUUGAGAAGUGCUCAGACUUGUGAACCAGUUGUCUACUCCCUUGUCAGCUGCUUGGAAGAUGAGAGUGACAUGGUGCCCCUACUUGCCAACACUCAUCACAGAUAUAGCAUCCCUCCACCCCUCAUAAUGCCAGUAUCCUCUGAAACCAAGAAACCUAACAUUAUUAUUAAUAAACCAGUCAUCACUGAAAAGCCCAGCUCAUCUACAGAAGGAAGGAAGGAUCAUAGGAUCGUGAAGGAAGAGCUCAGUAAACAUGUCCAAACUGAUGACCGUGAAUUUGAGGAUUUGGAGUCUGAGGCUGUGGUGGUAGAAACUGAAAGUUAUGCCAACCUGAAAAAAAAGCAGUCCAAGAAAUACCACUGGAACACCAAAGCCUUACAUGCAGAGAAUACCAAGCUCUACAAACACUUCCGUGCAAAACAAGCUUCCAAGAAAUACCAGUCCAUGCUACAGGAGAGGAUGAAACUCCCGGCAUGGGAGCAACAAGACCCAAUACUGCAGCUGCUGUCACAGCAUCAGGUUCUGGUUGUAAGUGGCAUGACUGGAUGUGGUAAGACCACACAAAUUCCACAAUUUAUACUGGAUGCUUCUUUGCAAGGAUCUCCUAGUCAUGUGGCUAAUAUAGUAUGCACACAGCCACGAAGGAUAUCUGCUAUUUCGGUGGCUGAACGUGUGGCUCAGGAAAGAGCAGAGAGAGUUGGUGUCUCUGUGGGAUACCAGAUUAGACUGGAGACUGUCAAGUCCUUCGCUACCAGACUUCUGUACUGUACAACAGGUGUCCUUCUGAGGCAGCUGGAAGGAGACAGCACUUUACAUGGUGUCACUCACGUCAUUGUGGAUGAAGUCCAUGAGAGGACAGAGGAAAGUGACUUCUUGCUAUUGGUGUUGAAAGACGUAAUGAUUCAGAGGCCAGACCUGAAAAUCUUACUCAUGAGCGCCACUUUGAAUGCUGAGCUCUUUUCCCAGUACUUUUAUGGGUGCCCAGUUGUACACAUACCAGGUCGUACUUUUCCAGUUGACCAAUAUUUCCUGGAAGACGCCGUAGCCAAAACAAGGUAUGUGCUGGAAGAUGGAAGCCCUUAUAGUCGCUCCUCCAGGCUUUCCUCUGCACAGGAGUCCAGUAGAGGGAAGAAAGGGAAAAGUUAUGGAGAAGUAUUGGAAGAAUUGGACCAUGCUAUGAAUGCCUUAGCAAGGUCACAGGACACCUUGAUGGUGAAGGACAAUGUGCCAGACCAACAACUGAGCUUUAAGGAGCUCUCCACUCGCUACAGUGGUGUUAGUAAAUCUGUCAUCAGUACUCUGUCAACCAUGGACUUGGAUAAAAUUAAUCUGGAGCUAAUUGAAGCUUUGCUUGAAUGGAUAGUCAGCAGAGAGCACUCGUACCCACCAGGUGCUGUUUUAGUUUUUCUGCCUGGUCUUGCAGAAAUUAAAACGCUAUAUGAGCAACUCCAAUCAAAUGCCUUGUUUAGUAAUAGACGUAGUAAGCGCUGCGUCAUCUACCCCUUGCACUCAUCCCUGUCGAAUGAAGAACAGCAGGCUGUCUUCAUAAGGCCUCCACCGGGGGUUACCAAGAUUAUUCUCUCCACCAAUAUUGCUGAAACCUCCAUCACUAUUGAUGACGUUGUAUAUGUCAUUGACUCUGGCAAAAUGAGAGAGAAAAGAUAUGACCCAUGUAAGAGUAUGGAGAGUCUUGAAGAUGCAUGGGUAUCCCAAGCCAAUGCCAUGCAGCGGAAAGGGAGAGCUGGGCGUGUGGCCUCUGGUGCCUGCUUUCACCUCUUCACUAGCCACCACUACAAGCACCAGCUUCUAGAGCAACAGCCCCCGGAGAUCCAUCGAAUUCCCCUGGAACAGCUCUGUUUGAGAAUAAAAAUUUUAGAGAUGUUUUCUGAGUGUCGCCUGGAAACGGUCUUGUCCCGGCUGAUUGAGCCCCCCGGAGUGGACUCCCUUCAUGCCUCCAUGUUACGUCUUCAGGAUCUUGGUGCGCUUACAAAGCAGGAAAAGCUCACCCCACUUGGGUAUCAUUUGGCUUCCCUGCCAGUGGAUGUGAGGAUUGGGAAGCUGAUGCUGUUUGGGGCCAUCUUUCGCUGUCUGGAUCCCGCUCUCACCAUUGCUGCCAGCCUGGCAUUUAAGAAUCCCUUUGUGUGUCCUUGGGAUAAAAAGGAGGAGGCAAACAAGAAAAAGCAAGAAUUCGCCGUAGCAAACAGUGAUCAUUUGGCUCUUCUCCAGGCGUAUAAGGGCUGGAGCACAAUCACAAGAGAGAACUCGCGGGCGGGAUACCAGUAUUGCCGGGACAAUUUCUUGUCUUCAAGAGUACUUCAGGAAAUAGCUAGUCUGAAGAGACAGUUCACGGAGCUCCUCUCUGACAUUGGAUUUGUGAGGGAAGGUCUCAGAGCUAGGGACAUUGAGAAGAGAUGGUCUCAGAGAGGAGAUGGAGUAUUAGAAGCUACAGGGGAAGAGGCAAAUACAAAUGCAGAGAACAUUAAGCUGAUAUCCGCAAUGCUAUGUGCAGCUUUGUAUCCUAAUGUGGUCCAAGUAAAAUCACCAGAAGGUAAAUUUCAGGUGACAAGAGCAGGAGCUGUAAAAAUGCAGCCGAAAGCAGAAGAGUUGAAAUUUGUCACAAAGAAUGAUGGUUAUGUUCACAUCCACCCCUCCUCUAUAAAUUAUCAGGUGCGGCACUUUGACAGCCCCUAUUUAGUGUAUCAUGAAAAGAUUAAAACCAGCCGUAUCUUUGUGCGAGACUGCAGCAUGGUAUCUGUAUACCCCUUGGUCCUGUUUGGCGGUGGGCAAGUGAACGUCGAGCUCCGCAAAGGGGAAUUUCUAAUCUCCCUGGAUGAAGGGUGGAUCCGUUUUGUUGCUGCAUCACAUCAGAUUGCAGAACUGGUGAAGGAACUGCGUAGUGAACUUGAUCAGCUCCUGCAGGACAAAAUCAAGAACCCAACAAUGGAUCUGUGCACCUGCCCUCGGGGAUCCCGUAUUAUAGCAAUGAUUGUCAAGCUGGUGACAACGCAGUAACACAAAGGGAUACUUACAGGAGAUAUCAAACUUUCUUUUCCUCAUCCGAGGAGGAAUGUGCACAGAUUUGUGUGGAACUAAUUUUAUUCUUUGUGCAAUAAUGAAUCUAUGGUGUAAUAUCAGAUGGUUAUCAGACAAGUGAGAUUAAAGGACUCCUGAAAAUACUUCUGGAAAUAAAAAAAUUUUUCUCUAAAAUA